AUGGCGGGCUCGGGGGGGCUCGCGGAGUGGUCGGAGGGAGCUGCAGUGUGGUUCCAGCCAGCGGGCGCUUCGGCCCCGCUGCCUGGUGAGCUGGUGGAGGUACACCGUGCGGCAAGAGUGCUUCUUGUAAGCGCCGUCGUCAAUGGACAGCCACAAACCUUCGCCCUUCAAAUGGGCAAUGGCGAAGAAGAGGGAGAUCCAGUAUGGCCGCGCGAAGAGUUGGGCCCAACCGGCGUCGAAGAUAUGACACGUCUCCACGACCUCCACGAAGCCGCUUUGCUCUGGAAUUUGAAGCUGAGAUACGAGCAGGGCCUUAUAUACACCUACGCGGGUUCCAUAUUAGUAGCUGUUAACCCUUACAGGCCUGUGGAUACUCUGUAUGGUCUACAGACUGCUAGAAGAUACCACGCAGCGGAAGCGUUAGGUGACCUACCGCCACAUCUUUUCGCCAUUGCGGCCGCCGCUCGCGCAUCGUUACCUCAUCCUCAAGCCAUUUUGAUCUCUGGAGAGUCCGGCGCGGGAAAAACGGAAUCCACUAAACUGGCUGUUCAGUUUCUUGCUGCGGUCGCUCCUGCACCAUUAGGCAGGGCCCCCGUCUCCGAACAAAUUUUAGAAGCAGCGCCAUUACUGGAAGCGUUCGGAAACGCGAGAACACCAAAAAAUCAUAACUCUAGUCGAUUUGGAAAACUGUUAGAACUCUAUUUCAAAGACGGUGCAUUAGCCGGAGCCAGAGUCGCACAUUAUCUACUCGAAAAAUCGAGAAUAGUCACUCAAUCGCCUGGUGAAAGAAAUUAUCAUGUGUUCUAUGAAUUAUUAGCUGGAUUAGAUGAAGAACAAAGACGGGCGAGAGGUCUUUUGACAGCAGAACACUAUUUCUAUCUUAACCAAGGAGGAGAUUCAGGAGGCGCUGGGGCUGGAGCUGAUUGGUCGGCUCUAUGUGGGGCCAUGCAAGUACUUGGUAUUGGCGAUGCAGAAAGAGAAGACAUCAUCAGAGUUUUGGCGGCCGUUCUCCACUUAGGCAACGUGUAUUUUCACAGAAGACAGUUACGUCAUGGACAGGAAGGAGUUCAAUUAGGCGGAGGCGCCGAAGUCCGUUGGGCAGCGCAUUUGCUAAAAAUUCCCGCUGAGGAUUUGGCAAGGGCUUUAACUACGAGAGUUACAGCUGCGCGGGCUGAACGUAUGAGAUCGCCCUUGCCAAUAGACCAGGCAUUAGACGCUAGAGACGCUUUCGCUAAAGCACUUUAUUCUUCCCUUUUCAACUGGCUCGUCCUACGAAUAAAUUCGAUAGUCCACCGCGCGGGACUACACGACGCUCACCGGAUAUCUCUCCUCGAUAUCUUCGGCUUCGAAGACUUGGAAGAGAAUUCCUUCGAGCAACUAUGCAUUAAUUAUGCGAAUGAAACGCUGCAGCAUUAUUUCAACAAACACAUUUUCAAACUUGAACAACAGGAAUAUCAGAAGGAACGCUUGGAGUGGUCCAAUUUGACGUGGAACGAUAAUUCACCAGUAAUUCAGCUGUUGAGUAAGAAGCCCGUUGGUAUUCUGCAUUUGUUGGACGAUGAGAGCAACUUCCCGCGUGCUUCAGACGCGUCGUUCCUAGAGAAGUGCCAUUAUAAUCACGCUCUUAACGAGCUAUACUCGAGGCCCAGAUUGGGAGCCAACGAAUUCGGAAUCAAGCAUUACGCGGGGCAGGUGUGGUACAACGUGGAGGGCUUCCUGGACAAGAACCGGGACGCGUUGCGCGGCGAUGUAUUGGAGCUGUUGUGUGGCAGCGAGGUGCCGCUGGUGGCCGAGAUGUCCGCGCAGCUGCGUGCGCACCACGACGCCAACAAAACGCUGCCGCGCGGUGCCAACGGACGCUUCGUUACUAUGAAGCCUAGAACACCUACUGUCGCCGCCAGGUUCUCGGAUAGUUUACACCAACUGCUGGAGUCGAUGUCGCGCUGCAACCCGUGGUUCGUGCGCUGCAUAAAGCCGAACACGGACAAGUCCCCCAUGAAGUUCGAACUGCCCUGCGUGCUGGCUCAACUGCGCUACACUGGCAUGCUGGACACCAUUAAGAUACGUCAGACCGGAUAUCCUAUACGCAUCCCGUUCCAGAACUUUGUGGAACGAUAUCGGUAUUUGCUGAAGUCGAACCCACCUCGCGCUACUCCGUACCGUGAAAUAUGCAACUCUAUUCUUGCUGAGAUGCCGCCAACGGGCGCCGUGGGCGCGGACUACCAGUUGGGUGCGGCUAGGGUGUUCGUCCGCGAGGCGCUGCACAGAGCGCUGGAGCGAGCGCGCGCCGACAAGCUGCGCGCAGCCGCUACAGCGCUACAAGCGCAUCUGCGUGCCUACCUCGCUAGGAAACGCUACACGCAGAUGCGUGAGUCUGCCGUACGCAUACAGUCGUGGUGGCGAGGGUCCCGCGAGCGGCGGCGCUUCGUCCGCGCUCGGCGCGGCGUCGUGCGCGCGCAGGCGUUAGUGCGAGCGAGACGCGCUCGCCGCAGAGUCGCAGCGCUGCGGGAGCAGCGGGACGCGCAGCGCCGCAGGCAAGAGGCGCAGCAGCAAGCCGCCAAGAGACGUGCUGCUGAACAGAAGGCGAAGGCGGAGAGCUUACAAGUACUAGAGGUGCCGGCCGAACUGGCGUUUAUUCUUUCCAAAAUUGACGAGUGGCAACCGCCUCAUACCGAGAAGAAUAUCACCAAGGUAUCAGGGGACGUGUACGCCGAAGAAGAACGGGUUCAGUUGCCUAAAGACUUGCAACAGUUCGCCUUCUCUAAGUUCAGCUCCGUGUACUUCGCAGACGGCGGCCAACUCAGUCCAAAGAAGCAUCCUAUUACUAAGCCAUUCUUAUCUAAAGCCGCCGUCAGGGAUCAAGACUUUAACGAUGCUAUAGCCAUAUUCAAAUUAAUCUUACGCUGGUGCGACGAAUCCGCAGCUGGAGACGAAGCCAGGCAAAAGGUUUUAGCCGAUUACAUAGCAUCUCGAGGACUAGCGUCAAGGGGUCUGCGUGAUGAGAUCCUGGUGCAAUUGUGCAAUCAAGCAAGCGGCGAUUCUGCUGAAAGAGUGUGGAAGUUGGUUGCGCACUGCUUGGCCUCCUUCCAACCUGGACCUGCCCUACAUAAGUACCUGGUGCGGCUGAUCUCGGAGUCGAGUCCGGGGCGUGCGCGCGCGCGGCUGCUGCGGCUGGCGUGCGGCGGCGAGGCGGCGGGCGCGCGCGCGGCCGGCGUGGCGCGCCGCACGCCGCCCACCGCGCUCGAGUGGCGCGCCGCCGACACCGCCCGCCCCGCGCUGCCGCUCACGCUCUAUGACGACACGGUAACGCACGUGUGCGUGGACGCUUGGACGACGUGCGAGCGCGCCGCCGCCGCCGCUCUGGCGGCUGCCGGCCACGCGCGCGGCCUCACCGGCUGGUCGCUCACCAUGGAGCACAACGGACAACUUACGGAAUGGGCGGGCUGCGAGUACGCAUUGGACGCCGUGGGCGAGGUGGAGACUUGGUCCGCUCUGAGCAGCGGGCGCAAUGAGCCGCUGCGUGCAUCGAAUUCGCGCCUGGCUCCGCCUGCGCCGCCACCCAGAGCUUCCUCCGUCGACACCGAAAGGGCCGUGCGUCCGCAGGUGCCACCACCGGAACCUCCAAAGUCGCGUUCUCCAAGUAUCCAGCGCAUGCUAGACGACUCAAUAGAAGAAGGAAUCUCUGAAUACAACUGGAAGAUGGAGCAAGAAGUUACCCAAACCAUUAAUAAACAUAAUAGUGAUUAUUCGAGAAAGAUAUCCCACGAUAUUCUAUCGCGCGAGUCUGCUCUAAAUGAGCGAUAUUUUGAACAACCAUCAGACAAAGUUCGCAGUCGCUCUUUGGACAAUCUGCUAGGCGACAAUCCUGCACCGCAACCGUCUAAGUUAACUGAUUUAGGACUAUCCCAAUCGCGACUAAACGAUCGCUAUCACUCGGUAGAGAGGUUAGGCGGAGCACCGAGUGUAGUCAGUAGCAAGGGAGCAAUGGAGAUGGAGUAUGGAACUGGCUCAAGAGCAAUGCCUUCGCGAUAUAUAAAGUCACAGUAUACUGGUAAGCGGGCGCCGGCUGGAUCGCAGUCUAGUCGUGCAUACAUCGAGAAGAGCUCGGAAUUUGGAGGCGUUAGAUCAUCAGCCAUGUCGGAUACUUCCGAAGCUCCGAGCUUGGCUUCGCAUGUGCGUCGAGUCCGCGUUCCAAGUCAAGCUUCCGACGUUGACCAGUUUCUGGAUGACUUGUUCUCGCCGGUCCUCGAUCCAAACAUUGAUGAAAUGUCCGAUGCCCGUUCUUUAGCCGCCAGCAUUAAAGGCGGUAAAAAAUAUAACGAAUUUAUCGACAACAUCCUGAAUUGUGACUACAACGAACAAAUAGCUACUCUUAACAAUGCGACAGAUAUUGGCCGCUUAAUCAAAGGCGGUGGGAAAGAGGACAAAGGAAAAACUAACAGAAAGGAAUCUAGUGCCGGUUCUGUAGACGAUUAUAUCACAAAUCUCUUCGAUCCAAUAUUCAUGAAUGAUAGUCUGAAGAGACUGACCGAUGGCGAAGGUCUGUCAGGUGCGAUAAAAGGCGGCGGAGCUACGCCUAGAACGGCGUCAGCUUCGACGUCAGCUCUAAGUUUUGGAGCUUUAUCACUGCCGCCAUCGAUGCCAGCUAUGCCAGCGACUCCCGAAGCACUAGCAGCCGCGUUAGGUCUGCAUUUACCACCUCCUGGCACAGUCGAUAUAAAUGCAUACCAUCAAAACUUGCAACGGGCUUUCUUACAGAACGCAAUGGCACAAAACUUACAAAUCCAGCAGCAAUUGUUGGCCCAAAAUCAAGCUUUACAAACGCUCCUUGCCGGUCAAGUCGCCGAACCAUCUGAUUCAGUUCCCACAUCAUCGAUUCGAUCAUCGACUGUUAUUCACGCUGAAGUACACUCGCCUCCUAGAAAUGCGGUAAAAUCGAGACGGGAAUCGAACGAAAGCUCAUCUACUGGAGCGCCUCCCCCUCCUCCUCCGCCGAUGCCCCCACUACUACACGAUGUCGACCCUUCGGAAGUAAGACCAUUUUUGGACCCAUACGGACGUGCAAAAACUGUACGAAUAGGGAAAUGGAGAUGGCCGCCUCCGAAGGAUGCAGCGAAUCAAGAGACAUCUCAAGAUUUCACUAAAUUCAAAAUGCGUCAAAUUCAAAGAAAACAUACACCACAAGCACAGACUAAUGGCGUAGAACAUGAACCACCGCGUGGAAGAUCUCGGUCUGAAGCGUCACCAAGUAUAGAUUGGGAGGAGUUUGAAGUCGACGGACAAAACAUUCCACCAAGUAUGGAACCGCCGUCACAACGGACUGCAAGACGAAGCUUUGAGAUCGGCGCGCAAAGACCUUCGCCCGGCAGCGUAGGGAAGUUGAAACUCAGCUCUGAAAUGAGACAAAGACUUGAGCGUGUCACCGCUAAUCAUUCAGUACGAAGCUCGUCUUCUGCAGCGGAAACACCACGUGCUAUCAACAAGCUGGAGGAUACCAGAAAGUUGAUGCUGGAACGUCAGUUAGGAGGAGGGAGAUGGGAUGCUCCACCGCCACCAUUGCCUCCCGCACCACCAGGUCCGGCUCCUCCACCUCCGAAAUCUCCUCCCACUCCUCCAGAUAGACCUGCGCCGCCCCCUCCAGCUCCUGAUACAUCUUUCGCGCAAUUACGUCGCGAUAGGGACACUUUCGGUGUGCAUCAAAACAGAGAAGCUGAUGACCGCAACGCAUUCUUAGCUAAUUGGAGCUCACGUAGAAAAGAAGAGUCUGAGUCGGGUCACGGCGAUGACUUGGCGUCUCGUUUCUUGACUGCCGACCGAAGAGAGAGACGGAUAAAUGACUGGGGUGACGAGUCUGAUAUCCGCGGAUAUAGUGAAGAAAGACAACAACAGCAUGGCCGUGACGAAUGGGAUUCAGAAUCUGGUUUAGAUGUCCCCGAUCGCCGAGAUAUUCGUGACAAUUAUUCGGGGCGUGAAGCGUCGGAAAUAUAUGAGAUGCACACAACGAGGGCUGAAAGGAGGCAAGAAGAAAUCGACAUGGCUGCUAACUAUGAACGCAAACGAUCAUCUUCAUACUUUGACGAGUUUGAGCGUUUCGAUGGACGCAAAAACUCCAGAGACAUGUUGGUUGGUCGGGCGAGGGACAGUCCCCGAUCCGAUGUGGUUUUCCCGCCGGAGAAUAAUGACAUGAAACGACCAGAGCGGCCGACUUUUAGGACUCACAUGGCACAGAAAGAAAGAGAUAGAAAACUCGAGGCAGAAAGAAGACAUUCUGUUUCUACUCAUGUUACUGAUAGAACGGAACAUAUCGAACGUGACGUCCCAGCACCAGCAGCUUUACUGCCUCCGGAUCGUAUAUUUUUAACCUACACGAGAGUGCCUUGGAAACUGCGUGUGCGCAAGGAAGUGUUCACGCCUCUAGAGACGUACAACGAUCCCGCCAUUUUGGACUUACUUUAUGCGCAAAUCGUGCACGACGUGACGUCGGGCUGUGCGUCGCUGCGGGUGGGCGCGGGCGAGCGGCGCGCGGGGCGGGCGUGGCUGCGCGCGCAGGCGGGCCCGGUGCGCGCGCAGAACAAGCGCGCGUGCGUGGAGCUGGCGCGCGGCUGGCCGUUCUACUUCGCGCGCCUGUUCGCCGCGCGCGUGCCGCCCGGCGAGAGCGCCGUGCUCGCCGUCUCGCACGCGGCCGUCGUCGUCGGACUCAAAGGUCCGGCGGGGUUGUCGGUGAAGCGCACGCUGUCCCUGGGCGGGCUGCGCGCGUCCGCGCCGGCGCCGGCCACGCUGCAGCUGACGCCCGCGCGCGACGCGCCGCUCACGCUGCACUGCCCACUCGCGCACUACGCACACGCUCUCAUUUCCGAGUUCGUUCUGCAGUACUCACAGAUACAACCAAAGCCUACAACAAAUGGUAUUACAACAAAGGAUCGCACAACGGAACGUGAAAACAGAGAGAUGAGAGAAACGAGGGAAACGAGGGAAACAAGGGAAACAAGGCAGUCGAGGGAGUCGAGAGAGUCGAGGGAGUCAAGAGAAUCGAGGGAAUCGAGGGACUCUAGAGAAAUUCGAGACAUAAGGGAGUCGAGGGAUGAGACCGAACAUGUUGAAAGGAGAACGCAGAUCAAUUCACCUGUGCAGCAGGAAGAGAGGGACAGAGAAAGAGAAAAAGAGCGAGAUAGAGAAAUGGAAAGAGAAAUGAGAGAAGAAAGAAAAGAAGAAAGAAGGGACCAAUCGACCCCACAACAUGAUGGAAGACAUCCUCUACUUCAAUUCGCGGUCGACCACUUCAGACAGAGUCCAGAACUAGAAAUUCUAAAGGCGGAUUCGUCGCUCAAAAGCAAAGCCAAACGCAACGAAUGGACUUGGAAGGCACAAACAGACGUCGUGAAAUGGCAGGCGACGCCGUUACGGGCGCCAUUGCUUCGACUCCCUGCCGCACUAGCGCCCCCUGCACUCGAGUGCUUCACGUGUGUUCGUGCGUACUGCGGAGACCUGCAGCCCGCUGAACGAGCCGUGCAUCAAGACUUGACUGAAGUUAAAUGCGUGUACACAGUACUGAUGCACUGUCACGCGGUACCGGAACUGCGCGACGAGGUGUACUGCCAACUGAUGAAGCAGACCACGUCCAACCGCUCGGCUGCGGCGGACUCGUGCCAGCGCGCCUGGCGCCUCAUGUCCAUACUCGCCGCAUACUUCACCUGCUCCGAAACGCUCAGGCCUUUCCUGGUGGAAUACCUAUCAGCGGCAGCGGCGGACAGACGAAGACCAUGUCAAGGCACGGCGGCUGUAUGCCUCGCCAACUUGAGAAAGACACUGAGGUGCGGCGGAAGAAAGAACGUACCUAGCGUCGAAGAGGUGACAGCGGUGUCGGCGGGUCGGUCGGCGCGGCGCCAGCUGUACCGGCUGCCGGGCGGCGCCGAGCGCGUCGUGAACACGCGCUGCGCCACCGUCGUGCAGGACAUCGUCAACGAGCUCUGCGAGCUGAUUGGCGUGAGCAGCGAGGCGGAGCGCGCGGAGUUCUCGCUGUACUGCAUCGUGGCGGGAGACGCGCUCACGAUGCCGCUGGCGGGCGACGAGUACGUGCUGGACGUGACCACCGAGCUGCAGCGCGCACACCACCCCUUCUACCUCAUUUUCUGCCGCUCCGUGUGGCACCACCCGCUGCGCACGGAUGCGCCGCCGCUCUACACCGAGGUGCUCUUCAACCAGGUGGCGCCGGACUACCUGGAGGGGCUGCUGCUGGUGCUGCCGGGCGGGCAGGCGCCGGGCGCGGGCGCGCUGCGCGACGCGGCGCUGGUGGGCGCGCUGCUGCACCGCGCCGCCGGCCUGGCGGACGCGCCGCACGCGCGCGACCUCAAGUACCUGCUGCCCAAGCCGCUGCUGGCGCUGCGCGAGCCGCGCGCCGCCAAGUGGGCCGCCUGGGUGGCCGCCGAGUGGCCCGCCGUGCGCGCGCUCUCCCCGCCGCAAGCCAAGGCCGACGUCCUGCAGGUGCUGUCGCGCUGGCCGCUGUUCGGGUCGUCGUUCUUCGCGGUGCGGCGCGUGGCGGGCGCCGGCGAGUGGCGCGAGCACGUGCUGGCGCUCAACCGGCGCGGCGUGCACCUGCUGCACCCCGCCACGCACGAGACCGACACGCACUGGCCCUACUCCGACCUCAUCUCCACCAGGAAGGUGCGGUCAGAAGACGGCACGCUGUUCCUAGACGUGAAGGUGGGGUCGCUGCUACAGCAGCGGGUGACUCGACUACAGGCAGAGCAGGCGCACGAGGUGGCGCGUUUAGUGCGGCAGUACGUCGCGCUGCAGCGGGACCAGCGCCACUCGCCUGGUGAGCACCGCACUAUGACGUGA